AUGACUGACACGCUGGGUCGGCUCGGCUAUGAAGCCUUCGAGGUGACCAGGGUCUCUGGCUCUCCGGUGCAAUACACGUCGAGAUAUCCUGCAUGGCGGCCAGGUGCCGAUCUGCCCCCAGGGGUGGAAGAGCAGCCGACAAAGACUAGAACGAACAAGUCGACCACAACAGGCGUCUUUGGUGGUGUCGUCUAUGCGCAAGCGCCGCUAGCUGCAGCCAGAGCCAUCGAGUUUGAGGAGCAGAAGGAGCAGACACGGGAUGAUAAGAAGGCUUACAUGGGAAUACAUUCUAUACAAGGCGUCUUCACUAUUGCUGGUCAUUCGGAUCGUCCCUUUGUGCACGAGGUGACGCCUAUACAUACGGGCAAGUCCUUCGCGACAAGAUUAGUGCAGACGAGGCAACCAAAGGAGCCGUCAGCGAUAGAUGAGACGGGAAGAUUCAACCCUGUGGACGCAACCAAGGAGCUGGACGGGGUCUGCUUCACCUGCCUCACCACGUUCAAGCGGUCCAUGCCCUCUCCCGACGACGUGCAGGAAACGCAACCGCCACAAGUGCGCUUCGCCGAGAUCCUCGCCCGAAAGCGCCCGCAGGAAUGGCACCGGCCGUACAUCGUGCACAUCGACUCCGUGCAGGAGCAGGUCGCGCGCAGCGGACACACCAGCCCCGGCACCUUCCCCGUGCUCGAGAUGUACCGGGUGGACAUGACCGGCCACAACGCGGGCAAGCCCGUACCGGAGCGCCGCGAGCUAAUGCUCUACCGCCCGCUACGGCCGAUCCCCGCGGGGGACUGCAACGCGCACGUCGUGUGCCACGCGUUCGAGGCGGACCGCAACGGGCUGACGAUGCUGGGGUGCCACCUAGGCUACGGCCACCGGUGGGGGCGGGCGGCCAGCCUGAGCUACGCGUUCUACGUGCACGUCAACGCGGAGGAGGCGGUCAUGCGGGAUGAAGGGUGGUGGGUGCAGGAGGCGAGCUGGCCGAGGGUGGCGGCGGGGAGGUGCACGAUGGUGUCCAGGAUCUGGAGCCCGGAGGGGAGGCACGUCGCGUCGGGGUACCAGGAUGGUAUGGUGGUGCCAGAGGAUUCGAGCAGGAUGUAG